AUGGGGCUCUUGAGGUGGGACACAGUGCGGAUUCUAAUCGAGUACGAUGCUCUGCUACCAAGCAUCAACGAAGCUGUUGAUUACGUGAACGUCGGACCAGAUCACGACCUCGUGACGCUCGGCCAUCCGAUCCUGCAACCGCAUCUCGAAACCCUUCAAGCUGCGUUACGCGAAGCUCAGCUUGCCAACGUAGAUCGAGACCACCGCAUGCGUUGCGCUAUCUGCCUUGACGGCUACGAUAUCGAGGACCAUCUACCAUUCCAGCUGUCCGCAUGCAACCACCUGAUCGGCCAGGGCUGCAUAGCCUCUUGGCUCAACUCGACCCACGAGCAAGCCACCACCUGCCCGCACUGCCGCGCCGUCCUAUGUGCACGUCGCCCGCGCCGCCCAGCAGGGCAAACAGAGGCCCAAACGCGCCGCAUGGACGAGCUGGAUGCUCGCCAUCAGCGUGUGCAGCGUGGGUUUGGCGCGCUCUUCCACUUGACUGAGGAGACCCAGGGCCGACAUGAAAAGCGGAACCUGGUAGAGGUGAUUACGUGUUUUUUCAAGAGGUUGAGGGAGGGGAGAUGA